UGCAACACAGCAAACACAUAGAGAGAGAGCUUUGGCUUAUUCCAAAGAGUACUAAAUCCCUCCCUUUAGUACUGCCUCUGUUGUUCCUUCGUAUAUACAAAGGGAGAGAGAACACCAAAAAACAAAUACAAAUAUAUACAAAAAUGGCGGUGCAUUUCUCCUUGAUGUUCCUCUUCGGUCUUCUAGGUAACGCCAUCUCGUGUAUGGUAUGCUUGGCGCCGCUGCCAACGUUCUACCAGAUAUGGAAGAAGAAAACGAGCGAGGGAUUCCAGUCACUGCCUUAUGUGAUCGGGCUGUUCAGCGCCAUGCUGUGGCUGUUCUACGCUCUGUUCGCAAAGGACGCCAUGCUUCUCGUCACCAUCAACGUCUUCACCUUCUUCAUGCAGACCUUGUACAUCGCCAUCUACCUCUUGUACGCCACCAAGAAGGACAUGAUCACAACCAUCAAGCUCCUCUCAUUCUUCAACGUCGUCGGCUUCGGGGCCAUCUGCACCCUCACCCUCGCCUUCACCCACGGCUUCCUCCGCGUUCAGGUCCUCGGCUGGAUCUGCAUGGUCUUCUCCCUCUGCGUCUUCGUCGCCCCUCUUGGCAUCGUAAGGAAAGUGAUAAAAACGAAGAGCGUGGAGUUCAUGCCUAUCUCCCUCUCUUUCUUCCUCACCCUCAGCGCCGUCAUGUGGUUCAUGUACGGCUUCCUCAAGAAAGACCCUUACGUCGCUGUUCCCAACAUUCUGGGAUUCACCUUCGGAAUCCUCCAGAUGGUGUUGUACAUGGUCUACCGGAAGAGCACUCCGAAUUCUGCUCUCCCGUUGAAGAAGGAGGUGACGGCGGCGGUGCCGGAGCCGGAGCCGAAGGUGGUGAUCGACAUGGCGAAGCUAGGGGAACAGCAGCCCAACCAGGUGCUCCCACUCGACCCAACUGCGGUCCCGCGAGAGCUCAUAGUCGAACUCCUCAACGUGGCCGCUGCGGCGGAGCAGGAAGAGGAACAAAGGAGGAAGGAACAACUGAAUCAGCAUAUGAACAACAACAACAACAACGGCAAGAAGGAUAUGGGUUUCACCGAUGGGAUUGCUGUGGCAUAAAUUAAUUAACCGAACGGCAUCUAAACAGCAUAAUUUAUUCCACGACAACACCACAAGAUAAAGUAAUAGUAAUAAAACAUAUUAAUUAAUUUAAUAUAAAUGUAUUGGGCUACUGACCUACCUAGUACAACGUUUUUCCUUUCAACUUUGGAGGUUGUCUGUUCUGUUCCGUAAAUUUGGGCUUCAAUGCCUACUGUAUUGCCAAUGUUAUUAGUUUCUACUUCGUACGUCCUUGUAUAAAAGGAAAAAGAGAAUGCUCUUCUCCAGUACUGGGAGGCGCCAGUUUUCAUUUAAAAAAAAAAAAAACAAGUG